AUCGCGUGUUAUUUGGGACGGAAAGCACUCUGAAACAUACGCGGGAGAUAUCAGAAGCAGAUAAAUCACCAUGAGUCGUUCCUCUGAUGUCCACAUCGACGCCUCGUCGUUCCACAAGAGACUUUCGCUCAUCCAAAAGUUCAUGGUGCAAGAAAAAGCCACCGUUCCCGGCCAGCUUGUCAUCAUCGUAGGAACGCGUGAUGAAGAAAACACAUACAAGAAGCUGACAGUGUUGCAGAACUGGUUGUUGGGGUAUGAGUUCGUGCAGACGGUGAUGUAUAUCACGAGCGAGAAGCUCAUUGUAGUCACUUCCGAAGGUAAGGCUAAGUAUUUGAAGCACUUGACCACGAAGCCGACCGCCAACUCGAGUGAAGUUGAAGUUUGGUCACGCACAAAAGAUGUCGAACAGCAGAAGAAGCUUUUCACAGAUUUGGUGGCGCAAUUGCAAAAGAAUGGUCCAGAAUACGGGUCUGUGAUCAAGGAUCAGUACAAGGGCAAAUUUGUAGAUGAGUGGAAAGCCGCUCUUUCCUCUGCCCCUGAGCUUCAAAUUAAGGAUAUCACUCUUCUACUUUCACGUGCCAUGGAAUUGAAAGAUUCUGAGGAGUUUUCCAAUACGAAAGUGGCUGCAAAUGCUUCCGUAGUGAUGAUGGAUACAUUUGCUAACGAGAUGAUGACAGUUGUAGAUGAAGAAAAGAAGAUCACCAACGCCCGUUUCACAGAUGGAAUCGAAGACAAAAUUGAUGACGAGAAGUGGAUCGUGAAGUCGGCUCUUGGGAAAAAGCUCUUGAAGUCUGACAGGGACUUUGAUCACGAAUUGCUUGAAUGGUGUUACUCACCAAUUAUUCAGAGCGGAGGCAAGUUCGACUUGAAACCCAGCGCUGUUUCGACCGAAGAUUCGUUGGUGGGUGACGGUGUGAUUUUGUCGUCAAUUGGAUUACGUUACAAGUCGUAUUGCUCAAAUGUCGGUAGAACUUUCUUGAUUGAUCCCACUUCCGAGAUCGAGGCUAACUACGACUUCUUGCUUAAGUUGCAGGAGCACAUCACCAAGAACUUGUUAAAGGACGGAAAUCUCGCCAAAGAGGUCUAUGAAGGAGCCAUAGCAUUCAUCAAAGCCGAAAAGCCUCAACUUGUAGAACACUUCACCAAAAACGUAGGCUGGUUGACUGGUAUUGAAUUCAGAGAUUCGACCUUCAUUUUAAAUGCUAAGAACGAGAGAAAGUUGACCAAUGGCCAGAUCAUUUCUCUUGCUAUUGGGUUCACGAAUUUGGUCAACGAAAAGACAAAGAACCCUAAGUUGAAGAACUAUGCACUUUUGUUAACAGACACCUACAAAGUUAGUGAAUCUGAGCCAAUCUUGCUUACUGAAUCGCCCAAGCAACGUUCAGAGAUCUCAUUCUACUUCAAAGACGAUGACGUAACCAAGAAUGAGGAAAAGAAGUUGAAAUCGGAAAAGAAUAUCAAGAUCGAAAAGAAAUUAGCUGUCAAUGAGGCCAACUCGAAGAUCUUGAAAUCGAAACUAAGACAUGAAUCCAGCGGAGCCGACGAUGUCAAUGCCGAGAAGGUCCGUCAAGAAUUACAGAGCAAGUUACAUGAGAAAAGACAACAGGAAGGUUUGGCCAGGUUCUCCAAAGCUGAUGCUACUGAUAGUUCUGACUUUAAGCCAGUAUUUAAGAAAUACGAAUCAUAUGUCAGAGAAUCGAUGAUCCCAGCUAGUGUUCGUGAUUUGAAGAUCCAUGUCGAUCCUAAGAACCAGACCAUUAUCUUGCCGAUCUGUGGACGUCCUGUCCCAUUCCAUAUCAAUUCGUUCAAGAACGGCUCUCAGAACGAAGAAGGAGACUACACAUAUUUAAGAUUGAAUUUUAACUCCCCUGGUGCUGGAGGCAAUGCCUCAAGAAGAACUGAAUUACCCUAUGAAGAUUCACCUGAUAACUCGUUCUUGAGAUCGAUAACGUUGAGAUCUCGUGAUCGCCAGAGAAUGGUCGAUGUGUUCAAGUUGAUCCAGGAAAUGAAGAAGGAAUCGGUCAAGAGAGAACUGGAAAGAAAGCAGAUGGCCGACGUCAUUAGCCAGGCCAAUUUGAUCGAGUUAAAGGGCUCCAGAAUGAAGAAGUUGGACAAUGUUUUCAUCAGACCACAGCCAGACACGAAAAAGAUCGGUGGAAUCUUGCAGAUCCACGAAAACGGUUUGAGAUACCAGUCUUCAUUCAAAAACGACCAGAAAGUUGAUCUUCUUUUUAGCAACAUCAAGCACUUGUUCUUUCAGCCUUGUAAAGACGAGUUGAUUGUGUUGAUUCAUUGCCACUUGAAGAGUCCAAUCAUGAUUGGUAAGAAGAAAACUUUUGAUGUUCAGUUCUACCGUGAGGCCAGUGAUAUUGCCUUCGAUGAAACUGGAGGUCGUAAAAGAAGAUACAGAUACGGUGACGAAGAUGAAUUACAACAGGAACAAGAAGAAAGAAGAAGAAAGGCACUUUUGGAUAAGGAAUUCAAGGCUUUUGCCGAACUCAUUGCUGGCUCCUCCAAUCAUGUAGUCGACUUGGAUAUUCCGUUCCGUGAAUUGGGAUUCCAGGGUGUUCCCUUCAGGUCAUCGGUGUUGUGUAUGCCAACUCGUGACUGUUUAGUUCAGUUGAUUGAUCCGCCCUACUUAGUUGUCACCUUGGAAGAAAUCGAAUUGGCCCACUUGGAAAGAGUGCAAUUUGGUUUGAAGAAUUUCGAUAUGGUUUUUGUCUUCAAGGACUUCUCUAAACCAGUAGUCCAUGUAAAUACUAUUCCUAUGGAACUUUUGGAAGAUGUGAAGAACUGGUUAACUGAUGUUGAUAUUCCAUUGAGUGAAGGUCAGAUGAACUUGAACUGGGGAGCCAUUUUGAAGACUGUGCAAGCUGACCCAUAUCAAUUCUUUGCUGACGGCGGUUGGAGUAUCUUGACUGGUGUAGGAGAUUCUGACGAAGAAGAUGAAGAAGAUGAAGAGUCUGAGUUCGAGGCAUCUGAUGACGAUCCAAGUGACGAAGAAGUCGAAAGUGAAGAAGCAAGUGAAGACAACUACAGCAGUGGAGGCUCUGAAAGUGAAGGCAGUGGUGAUGAAGAAAGUGAAGGUGACGAUUGGGAUGAAAUGGAGAAGAAGGCUGCGAAGGAAGACAGCAGACGUUACAGAGAUUAGGUAACGUCAUAAGAGUGUAUCAUUAGUAGUGUUGCUGACAAUAAAUGAUUUCUGUUCAUGAAGAAUUAAAUAGAAUUAGUAUUUUAUUUAUGAUAAUGUCUGUUAGUAAACUUC